AUGCACGACGGUGUCAUAGCUCGAUUUGGGCACGAAUCUUGGCGAGUUCGGAUAAGCUGGACGCGAAGGAGAUUAUGGGCGCCUCUGGCUUGGUCACUGGCGUCCGCGCUCGUGCCUAUCAUCGGCGGUGAGGUGGCCAGCGAAGUGGUUCACGACUCCACCGUGUCGACCAUGCGCAGGAGGAAGAAGGCGAGGCUCUCCCCUGUGAAUCGGUUUGGUGGGUCGGUCCUGGGCUGUGGGUUGGCCGUGUUGUUGGGCUUCUACUGGGCUGCUGCGGCAGGCAUUGAUGAGUCGAUAACUCGUCAGCUCCUGCUCCCACUUCUCUCGCUCGCCCUCACCCUCACCUUCCUCCAUCAUCCUACACCUGCACUGUGCAUUGCUGAUCACCCAGAUGUCGGUGCCACACAACCUCAAACGUUCAUCCUGGUUCUCAAGUCUCCUGCCGAGGAUGGCACAAGCGAGGACGAUCACCGGUGGUGGCUUGAGACUUUCAUGCCAUCCCCUCUCGCUGGCUCCUAUGAGCCACAGCUCCUUCACACCUACACGGAGGUCUUCACCGGCCUCGCUACCAGGCUGACGGAUGUCGAGCUCGACAUGAGAGGCAGUGGCUUGUGGAGGGACAAGAGCGUAAUCAUCGGGGUAUUGGACACGGGCAUCUAUGCACAGAACCCUUCCUUUGAUGAUGCUGGCAUCUCGCCACCACUGCCAAAGUGGAAGAGUUCAUGCCAUGGCGCUGCUCGGUGCAAGUGCAGCAACAAGCUCAUCGGUGCCAAGUUCAUCAGCAGAAAGGAAAAUGACUUAGGCCAUGCCACAGGGCAUGGGACGCAUACCUCGUCCACUGCUGCUGGGAAUUUCGUCAAUGGUGCCUCCGCCCACGGCCUUGGCAGUGGCAUAGAGGUCGGGAUUGCUCCAGGUGCACAUCUGGCGAUGCACAAGGUGUGCACAAUUCAUGGGUGUGCCAUCGCAGACAUAGUAGCUGGGUUAGAGGAAGCUGUCAAAGAUGAAUUCGAUGUCCUAUCACUCUCCCUCGGCCCCUUUUACAAUGUCAACUUCAGUGGAGACCCGAUCGCCAUUGGUGCACUUAGUGCGGUAGCAAAGGGCAUCGUUGUCGUGGCUGCAACUGGGAACAAUGGACCCAAAUCAUUUCUUGCCAAUUCUGCACCCUGGUUGCUUAUAGUCGAAGCUGGCUCAGUGGACCGAAGCUUUGAGACUGUCGUGCAGCUAGGGAAUGGAAAUCACAUCAGUGGGGAAGUUUUCAACCAGACUUCAAACUCAAGCUCCAAGACAUUUCCUCUUUACGUGGACAAACACUGCAAGUCGUUGGCUGGACGAAAUGUGUUCGGGUCAAUAGAUAAGUUGGAUGUUAGUGCCAUCAUGAGUGUCGAGGCAGCUGGAGUAGUGCUAAUCAAUAGGAAAGAUGCUGGCUUCACUACACUCCUUGAGGACUAUGGUGAUGUUGUGCAAUUGACCGUCAUUCUCAUCCAGUGGUUCCAGCCUAGUAUUCUCAAGCCAGAUGUAUUAGCACCUGACCUCGAUAUCAUUGCUGCAUGGCCACCACUUGCCAUCGUUGCGCUUGUCAAGUGCUCACAUCCUGAGUGGUCUGCUGCUGUGAUCAAGUCGGCCAUCCUGACAACAUCUGACAUUACCGAUAGCACUGGUGACCCGAUCUUGGAUGAGCAGCAUCAGAGGGCAACCGCACAUGCGAUGGUGCUGGCCAUGUGA